AUGUUUCCUUCAUUAAGAGUAUCUGGGAGAUCUAUCAUUGCUCCAACUAGUAGACGUUUUUUGUCUUCUAGUAUUGUCAAAUUCAGUGCAGGAAAAGUAUCUAAGCAACAAUCAUUAAAUCCAGAUGAUGUUGAAGCUUUGAAAAGUGAAACUACUUGGGGAGAUGCUGAAUCAUCGACUCCAGUUGAUUUAAAUGAAAAUAUGACUAAAAUUACAAAUACAAUGACCAAAUCUACUGAUCCACCAAUCUACAUUGCCCCAUCAUUACACAGGCAUUUCAGAAUGGGAGAUACUUAUACUCCAUUUGAUUUCAGUAUGAAUAGAUUCACUAUGGAACAAAAGGCCAAAAACAAAAAGAAAUUGGUUGACCCAUUUGCUAAGUCAGGAAUCGAUCCUAAAACAUUAUACUUGAUGCCAGAAAUCUUAUCCAAAUUCUUAACUUCUACUGGUCAAAUAUUGUCACGUGAUGUGACUGGUUGUAGUGCUGAAAACCAAAAGAAACUAGCUAUGGCAAUUAAGUAUGCUAGAAGUUUAGGAUUGUUGUCUUCCAAACAUAGACAUGCAAGAUAUAUGCCAUCCAGAAACAUGUGA